UAGCAGUCGUUGCUUAAUGUGUUCAUCUGUUAUUGUGUGAUAUACACAUCUGGAUUUAAUAAUAAUAUAUUUUACUAACUGAUUUGGAAUAGAGAAAGAGAAAGGUAGGAGUCAUGGCCAACGAGGGUAAAAAGACGCGCCAGGAGAGCGACACUCUUGGGGCCAUGGAAGUACCUGUGGAUCGCUAUUACGGCGCUCAGACCAUGCGCUGCUUGUUAAAUUUCCGUAUUGGCGGGACGGAGGAGCGCAUGCCGAAGGCCCUUGUCCAGGCCAUGGGGAUACUGAAGAAGGCCGCUGCUGAGGUCAACCAGGAGUACGGACUGGAUUCGAAGAUAAGCUCGGCUAUCUCAAGCGCAGCGGAUGAGGUGAUUUCGGGUAAACUCUACGACGAGGGACACUUUCCCCUGCCGAUCUGGCAGACGGGCUCUGGCACUCAGACGAAUAUGAAUACGAACGAGGUGAUUGGCAACCGAGCCAUUGAAAUCCUGGGCGGCACUGUGGGCUCCAAGGAUCCGGUGCAUCCGAACGACCACGUUAACAAGUCGCAGAGCUCCAACGACACCUUCCCUUCGGCCAUACACAUCGCCGUGGCUACGGCUUUGGUCACCGAGCUGAAGCCCGCGCUGACCAAGUUGCGAGACUCCCUGAACGCGAAGGCCAUGGAUUGGAAGGACAUCAUCAAGAUCGGCCGCACGCACACCCAGGACGCGGUGCCCAUUACACUGGGCCAGGAGUUCAGUGGUUACACGCAACAGCUGACCAACGGCCUGUUGCGCAUUGAUGCGGUGAUGCCCCGCGUCUAUCAGUUGGCCCUGGGCGGGACUGCCGUCGGCACUGGGCUGAACACGCGCAAGGGAUUCGCAGAAAACUGCGUCAAGCGGAUCGCGAAGCUCACCUCGUUGCCCUUCGUGGUGGCUCCCAACUUUUUCGAGGCCCUGGCCUCCCGAGAUGCCAUGGUCGAGGUGCACGGCGCCCUCAACACUGUGGCCACCAGUCUCAUGAAAAUCGCCAAUGACAUUCGGUUCUUGGGGUCGGGCCCCCGCUGUGGACUGGGGGAGCUUAUGCUACCCGAAAACGAGCCGGGCAGCUCGAUCAUGCCGGGCAAGGUUAAUCCCACCCAGUGCGAGGCCAUGACUAUGAUCUGUGCCCAGGUGAUGGGCAACCAUUUUGCCGUCACCACAGGCGGUGCCAACGGACACUUCGAGCUAAAUGUGUUCAAGCCGCUGAUUGCUUCCAAUGUGCUCCGAUCCAUAAAGCUGCUCACCGAUGGCUGCACCAGCUUCAAUGUCAACUGCGUGCAGGGAAUCAAGCCCAAUAAGGAGAAGAUAGCCAAGAUAAUGAAGGAGUCCUUGAUGCUGGUCACUGCCCUCAAUCCGCACAUCGGCUACGACAAGUCGGCCCUGAUAGCCAAGACAGCUCACAACAAUGGGACGACACUUAAGCAGGAGGCUCUCAAUGCGGGCAUCUCUGAAAAGGACUUUGACGAGUGGGUUCGCCCAGAAAAGAUGCUAGGUCCCAGCUAGGCGUCGUGAGCUCUCCCAAUAUGCUCCUUGUUCCCCGUAUGUUAAUAAAGUUUAAUUCUCAUCCAUCUGGG